GUUGUCCCAGCCUCUAAGCUCAACAUCAUGGCAUCAAGCAGCAUUCCUGCUCCCUUGCGAAGAAGCGAAACUGAGUUGAAAAAAAGUGCCUUCCGCGACUAUGCCCGAUCCAAAUUCGAUAAACGCGACGAUCGCAGGCCCGACCUACCCUACCUCAAUGUAAUAGAGAGCGAAGAAAGGCGAAUCAGCAAGAUUAGAGAAAGAUUUAAAGGGAAGGCCGAGAAAUUGGGACUACUUAACAAUGUUGCAAAAUCGCGCAAACGUUUGAUCCAACAUUUAUCCGAGAAGACUAAGAAAGCAAUGUACAAAGGCAGUCCCCUAGAUGAGCAAGAAGCAGAAAGCAGCAACGGGCUGAAGAAUGAGACGGUGAAAGAGCUGGAUGAGAAAAUAAGAGAGCCAAUAGAGGAGUUCAGGGCUGGCGUCAUGUAUUUUAAGAAAGGCCAAGAGGGAAAAUGGCAUGGUGAACAGUGUGGGGACGUUGAUCCGUCCUCAGGGGAUUUUCCUAACCAAAAGAUCAAGAUGGAUACCAUACUGUUUGACACCUCCAAGAACCACAAGCUUUUCAAAAGCGACGGAGAGAGCAUUAAAUAUUUCCAUUUCCCAGCCAAUCAUAUGGAGUGGAUUGAGACAGCGUUGGAGAGAUACCACCAAGUGAACACUGAAUCCGAGGACGAUAAUGAACAGGUACUGGAAACUGGAAAUUUCAAGAGCCCAUUAUUGUCUCGCGAGCAUUGGCGAGGGCAGUUGCAUAGUGCUGGUAUGAGCCAUAUGAGGCCUCGAUGCGCUCAUGUGUCAGACGACACUGAUAACAACGCCCCUUCAAAUGUGGCUGUAUUUCUCCCAUAUCUACACUGGGAAACUAAUCGAAGGCGGUCUAUGAUGACACAAAUAUUCCAAGAAGUCGUCAAGGACAAUAGGGCUUCUAUGGUCUCUCGCAUUGUCACUGUCGCGAGUAAAAAGGCCACUUGUCUCCGUCCAAAGUUUAAUCGUGAGCUCAUCUCAAGCGAAAUCGGACAAUAUCUCUAUGAUGUAGCACAAGUUUGGGAUGCCAUGGACUGUGAAGCAGAUGAACGACUGCUUCGGCAGAGCUUUUCCGAAAUAAAGCAGGGAGACGGCGCAUCUGUGCCACAGCGGAAAUGGGUUCCUCCGUUGCACAUUCGCAGAACUCUGGAUCAGUCAUACUUCUCAACCGUUGAAGAUACAGCAGCGAGGGAUACGGAUCAAGUUGUGUAUCGACAAACAAGAGCGGGCAGGCAAAAGCAUCAAAAAGGGGAACAAUGCGGUACUGCUACAUCCAAAGAAAGACAACCUAAUGAGUCUGGAAAUAGUGUCGAGUCGUCUACUAGCGUCACAGCGGUUGCAAGCACUUGCACUAGUGCAUUGGAUACACGUACGACGAAGAAUCUAGUGAAGUUAGUUGGGGUCACUCGAGUUGUCAUGGUUGACCAACUGUGGAUGUGGAUCCUUGGAGAGGUAUUCUUUGACCGGACACAGCCAACGGAUGAUCGGCCAGAAGUAAUGGAUCUGUUUGCCCAAGCCAUUGGAGCAGUGGCGUAUCAUACUGCAGCUGCAUAUAGCGUUUUCUGGCUAAACGUCAAUCUUCAUUCGUCGAACACGGCGAAGUUUAACAAUCGUAAAGCCGAGUCAUUCAGAUACCUGAAUAUUAACCCAGAGGGUAUUUUGCUCAAAGAGUCACAGGACAUUACAGAGGAACUAAAAAUCAUGGAGGGCCAGUAUAAGCAUCAACUAGCGGUUGUGAGUAGACUAAGUAAACACCUGAAGAACCGACUAGAUAAGGUUUCGAGUUCCUCAGGAGAAUCGGAAGCAGCUAGAGUUGCGAAAUUAGACUUCGAAGAGGCAGCCGACUUGAUCGAAAAGAUAAAGGAGCGAACCGCCGAAAUAGAAGAUCUCCAAAGUGCUGCGGCUCGCUCAAACGAGCAGCUCCAAGCACUGAUGUCGCUUAAGCAGCAAGAAGCUAGUAUUGUCGAAGCUCGAGCGGCUCUACAGCAAGGAGAGGAAAGCGUUAAACAAGGACAGGAAAGUAUUAAACAAGGCCGAGCCAUCAUGGCCUUCACUAUUGUCACAAUCUUUUUUGUCCCACUCGGGUUUUUUACAGGAUUUUUCGGCAUGAAUAAUGAGAACUCGACUGGGAAUGAAUGGAUGACUAUGGGGGAGCAGAUUACGUAUAUGUUCGUGAUUUCUGUUGUGAUAAGCACAGUCGUUCUCGGUGUGGCAUUCCGUAAUAUGGGGGUAGCUUUGCCUUUUGGGUUAAGGAAUUGGCGAUUCAAGAAACCUAAGGAAGAUGAAUCUGAGGUAUAAUGGGUGUUAUACACAUAGACCGUAUGUAUGUACGGCUAGUCAACCAUUGCUCAGCAUUCUUUGUAUGAUACCUAGAACGAUCUCAAACCCGCGAUAGCGACUAGGCUAGCGAUGGAAUGACCAAAAUAUGGCCCUUGAAUCAUACGACCUUAUUCCAAGCAAUAAUUCAAAUAAGGGUUGUUACA